ACAAUACGCCGUUUUGAAAACUUCUUUCAUUGAUGUAUAUUCUUACAAGAAAAUGGAAUCAAAUUUAAAAACAGCAACAAAUCUGAAGUCAAAAAGAGAGAGACAAGUAUUGAAACUGCGAAGUAUGGAGCGUUCACUUAGCGAAGAAUUACAUUCGGUAAAGUCCGACAUAGAACAUCUUACAGAACAACUUGAGGAUUUGAAGGACCAAAUUCAUGAAACCUGCUUCAAAGUAUCAAGAAUUGAGACGUAUAAAAGCACCGAAAACAUAAAAAUGGAAUCUCGAUUGACCUGUUUGGAAAAACACAAACAAGCUUUUGAUGAAAUAUUUGAAAAAGGAUCAAUUUUUACUUUAGGGCGAACUUUAUUGCAACUUCGAAACAAGGAGUUGAAACAAAAAGAGCUGGAAGAAGAAGAGAAAGAACUACAGAAAAGAAAUAAAAUUGUAGAACAGAAUGAACUACAUGCGAAGAUGGUUAGCACUGUUGAAGAAGAGAUCAAAGCUAUUGAAAGGGAAUGCACUGUCCUUAAGAAACGAAAUAAUGCUAUAAUGCUAAAGCUGAGACGAAAGUUGAUGGAAACAGAAAACGAGCGUAAAGAAUUAUUGAAGAAACGUGAAGAUUCUUAA